AUGGCCCUGAUCUGCUACUUUAGUAUGCAUCAAAAUCUCUCUUCUUUCUUUCUUCCAGAAAGUAGCUCUGAGUCUGAUUCACGAAAAACAUAUACCCUAGAGAAUUACUUGAACAAUGACUAUGUGUACAAAACACAUAAUUUGCAGUGGAUUUCAGGAAAUCAAUAUCUACAUGAAACACCUAAUGGGAACAUUCUACGUUUUGAUGCUGAAACUGGAACAUCCUCAGUAGUCUUGUUAAAUACAACAAUAAGCAUAUAUGAGGCAACAACAGCUAUACUGUCCCCUGACCAGAGGUUUGCUCUUCUGCAGUACAAGUAUGAAAAGUUGUGGAGGCAUUCCUACACAGCUUCAUAUCACAUCUAUGAUUUCAAUGCAAGCUCCAUCUUAGAUGAUGCACUACUACCUAAUGACACGCAAUAUAUAUCCUGGUCACCCGUCGGUCACAAACUGGCAUAUGUCUGGAAUAAUAAUAUUUAUAUAAAAGCUUCACCAACAGCAGCACCUGUGCAAAUCACUAGCAAUGGAGAAGAAAAUAAAAUUUUCAAUGGAAUACCAGAUUGGGUUUAUGAAGAGGAAAUGUUUGGCAGCCAUUCUGCUCUGUGGUGGUCUCCAAAUGGCAACUUUGUGGCAUAUGCAGCAUUUAAUGAUACAGAAGUUCCUGUUAUAGAGUAUUCCUUUUAUUCUGAAGACACCUUGCAGUAUCCUAAGACCAUUAGAAUCCCUUAUCCCAAGGCUGGUGCUAAAAACCCUACCGUUAAAGUGUUUAUUGUAGACACUACUAACAUUGAAGCAUUUGGUCCUAAAGAGGUGCCAGUUCCUGCAGUGAUCGCAUCAAGUGAUCAUUAUUUUACUUGGCUUACUUGGGUAACAGAUAAUCGAGUUGGUGUGCAAUGGCUAAAGAGAAUCCAGAAUUUUUCAGUCUUAGCUAUUUGUGACUUCAAAGAAAAUUCAAAUACUUGGGUCUGUCCAGAGAAUCAACAGCACAUAGAGGAGAGUCAAACAGGAUGGGCAGGCGGAUUCUUUGUUUCUGCACCAUAUUUUACCUCAGAUAGCAGUUCGUACUACAAAAUUUUUAGUGACAAAAAUGGUUAUAAGCACAUACAUUACAUCAAUGGUUCUGUGGAGAAUGCAAUCCAAAUUACAAGUGGAGAAUGGGAGGCAAUUUAUAUUUUUAGAGUAACGAAUGAUGCAAUUUUCUAUUCAAGCAAUGAAUUUGAAGGCUAUCCAGGAAGAAGAAAUAUUUACAAAAUUAGUAUUGGAAGUAAGCCUAUCAGAAAACUAUGCAUUUCUUGCAAUUUACGGAAAGAGAGAUGCCAGUAUUAUACAGCGAGGUUCAGCGAGCGCUCUAAGUAUUAUGCCUUGAUCUGUUAUGGUCCUGGGAUUCCUAUUUCUACUCUUUUUGAGAAUGAGAGUGAUAGAGAGCUCAGAAUAUUAGAAGACAAUCAGGAAUUGCAGUCUGCUUUGCAAGAGAUCAUACUGCCAAAAGAAGAAAUUAAUAAACUUGAAGUGGAUGGUAUAACUUUGUGGUACAAAAUGCUUAUACCCCCUCAAUUUGAUAGAUCCAAGAAGUACCCACUGCUUAUUCAAGUGUAUGGAGGACCAUGCAGUCAGAAUGUAAAACACACCUUUAGCAUUAGCUGGAUAACCUAUCUUGCAAGCAAAGAGGGAAUUAUUGUUGCUCUAGUAGAUGGCAGAGGAACAGCUUAUCAAGGUGACAAGAUUUUGCAUGCAGUUUAUCGAAAACUAGGAGUCUAUGAAGUUGAGGACCAAAUCUCAGCAGUGAAGAAAUUUAUAGAAAUGGGUUUUAUUGAUGAGAAACGGAUAGCAAUAUGGGGCUGGUCCUAUGGUGGAUAUGUAACUUCUCUGGCACUUGGAUCUGGCAGUGGAGUAUUUAAAUGUGGAAUAGCUGUGGCUCCUGUUUCCAGCUGGGAAUAUUAUGCAUCUAUUUACACAGAACGAUUUAUGGGUCUUCCUGUAGAGUCCGAUAAUCUUGAGCACUAUAAGAAUUCAACUGUGAUGGCAAGAGCAAAGAAUUUCCGAAACGUUGAGUAUCUUCUCAUUCAUGGAACAGCAGAUGAUAACGUACAUUUUCAGAACUCAGCACAAAUUGCAAAAGCUCUGGUUAAUGCACAGGUGGAUUUCCAGGCAAUGGUAAAUAACAGACUAUUUUUCAUUUUGAACAGUGGUUUACAGCUUUAUCAAUAAGCUUAUCUGGUAUGUUGAUGUUGUUUGUUGAUGUUUUUAAGAACCCAGUUCAACAAGAUCUGGCAAUUUUGCUACAUUUUUUUACUGUUUACAAAUCAUUUAUUCUUCAAAGGUUUCGCUUGUUCUUUCCCUCAAACUUCUCUCUGUAUUUUAACAGAACUUCUCUCUUAUCUAGUAUAACAUAGAAGCUUUUAAAAUGAGCCAGGGAGAAGAAUGAGAGUGCAACUUCUUUCUAAAAUUUUAUGAUAGCUAAUAAAAGCAAGGGAGAUGAAAGAGCUGGCUUCUGGGACCAAAACUGUCAGUGAUUCUGAUGGAUUCUAUCUUGACCUGACAUGUCUGUGACAGGCAGAAGGUGAAACAAGGGAAAAAGGGAAUGAGGUAUCCAAGUAGUAUGUCAAGGACAUGAAAAAACAAAUGAGUUGUUUACAAAAUUUACCUGGGGAAGAUGAUGCAGGCAAGCAGAGAAACACACAGAUGAGAGGUUAGAGGAUAUAAAUGAGAAAUGAACAGAGGAAAAGUAACACUGAAUUAGGUGUUAAUCUAUGCUUCUGCAUGUGCUCUCUCCAGACUAGUGACAAAAGUAUCUGUCUGUUAUCAAACAUAUUGGCCUUCUGCUUUGGACCACUUUCCCAGGUCCAUGAACACCUUGAAUAUGGAUCAGACAUGGGUUCCCCCUGUACUUGGUAUUUCUGCAAGUGAAUGCCACAUUUCCUGUCUUCAUUGAUAUUUAGCAAACCUGGGCCAUUUCUCAAGUAUCUGGAAAAGUACAAGUCUGCAGUUUCAGUCAUUAUUGUUCAGCUGUAGUGGAGUUUCAGUAGUGUUAAGAUAAUCUGGGGAACAUCUUUGAGUUACUUAAUGAAAGCAGAACAUUUUUAGCCUAGUAAAAUAAAAUCUAGAAAACAAAAUGAUUGCUGCCUAUGAAUAAAGUGGAGGAGAAAUACAGAGGAAAGAAAAAGCUAUUGAUGCAGAAAGACAGUUGGCAUAAGAUCAAGUGGAAGUAAACUAUUCACAAACACACUGAGAUUGAAAAUUAGAAAAAAAAAAAACCUGUUAAAACAGGCGUUAGAACAGGCAGAAUUCAGGGGAGCAUGGCACACACACACACA